AUGUUGUCCUUGUGUUGCUUCGUUGGGUUACUUGCAUUUUCAUUUCCGGUCACAUAUGCGUAUGUCGACUUUGGGACCGAAACCAUCAUCAUUUCUUCUUAUUUCCACCCUACGCCGAUACCGCAUCAACUUCCAACCGACCUGCGUCAAGAAUUACACCCAUCUAUGAUAACGGCCGUGUCGCCUGCAGUCACAAUUGCUGCCAAUGGAACGCGAGAGAUGCUCUACAGCCUCCACUAUCAUGAUUUAUUCAAGAGAACGAGGCAGGGCAGAGGUAUCUUCAAACGAGGGGUCUUUGCCAACGAUCCACCUAUCUCAACAUGUAAGCCCUGUGGCGGAAGUGGAAGUGGCGACGGGGCAUCAAGUCCUUCAACAACCACAUCCUCCUGCGUAACGAAGACGUAUCUUGGCGUCUUCCAAUAUCCCGAUCCGGCAGACCCAACGAGCUACUGUUAUGACUCAAACUAUUCAGGUGUUUUCAAACCCAGCUCAACCAUUACUGGUCUACCCUGCUGCUUUACUUUCCCGGAAUCCUGCUUAAGAAAUGCAACAUCGACGACCUCCUCCUCCUUUACUUUCAGCAGCGGUGUGUUCAGACCAACAAGUUCGAGCACAUUUUCAUCGGGCAGUAGCUCACCUACUACUGCUGUGAUAACCACGCAAACGACUAGCUACUCCAUCGUCGUUAUAUCAAGCACCACAAUAACCAUCACACCCACGAUCUGGAGCGACGAAUUUUCGACAACUCGCGGAACCACAACUGCACAGUCAACAAUCACCGUAAUCACUGCUACACCUAGCACGAUCAGCACCUCCGCCUCUUUCCCAGUCACCGUUGCACCAAAUACAAUCAUAGGCUGCGGGACUGCAUCUGGAAGAGGGCACGUCAAUGGAUCUGGCACCGUGUAUUUUGGCUCAUACUCAUCUGUAGUCUCCUCUGGAACUGCUAGUGGCGCUGCUAUCAAAGUAGUUGGCUGCGGUACACUGAUCGCUACGACCGGAGGCUUCAACGGCACUGCUACAAUCAUUGGAUGCGGAUAUGGCUCUGGCACCGGCGAUAUCACAGGCACAGGAACGGUCUGGCCAGCUCAGUUUGGAGGAUCAGUGUCAUUUGUGACAUCCGGCACGGUGCAUAAUGUCACAGGAGCAUUCUCAGGCUGUGGCACCGUGACUGGAACCGGCGGCUUCGAAGCCACGGAAGGACCAACGAUCACACUGACAAGCACCACAUCUCGACGCGCCGUUUCCGCCACGACCAUCGAAGUUUACGUCUCCUACUGCCCAGAUCCAGCCCCGGCGGGCGGAAUCAUGCGUCUCGGCCAGAACUUCUCGUUAUCAGGCACGGGCUCCUACCCCGGCGCAAACAGGCAUUCUUUCAACAUCAACGACUCAGAUUCAACAUCCUCGACUACGAACAGUACAUCUUCCUCCGACGAUGGCAACGCGAUCUGCACCACGUGCCCCAACAGCGUGGGCAUCUGCUGUCCCCCGAACGUGCCGUGCAACGAAGACGAUGGAAAAUGCCCUCAGUUUGCUAUCGAGUUGAGCUCUCAAACAAUCAACGGCUACCUUAUCGCGCAGCUCAUGAAUAGCACUGCGCCCGUCGCUGGCAGGAAGAAGGUGAGGGCUUUGCCGAGGAAGAAA